AUGAAAUCCACUACUAUCUCUAAAAAAUGUCUAGAAGCAUCUUAUGAAUUAUUCUUGAUAGCAGCUAAACGAAAUAAGCCUCACACAAUCAUUGAAGAAGUCGUGGUUCCCUCUGCCAUUGCAAUUGCUUCAAUUCUCUUUGAUGGAAAAAUGGCUGAUGCUAUUCGUAAUAUUCCAUGUUCUGAUAACACUGUCCAAAGACGAAUACAAGAUAUGGCCACAGAUGUUAUUCAACAAGUGGUGGAAAAGAUCACAGCAGCAGAAAAAAUUGCAUUUCAAUUGGAUGAAAGCAGCGACAUAGCUGGUGAAGUACAAUUAAUUGUCUUUGUGCGUGUUCCUGAUUCGGACGAUAUACUGGAACACGUAUUAUUUUGCCACCCACUACCUGGCAGAAUGACUGGGGAAGAAAUAUUCACAAUAAUCGUCAAUUCUUUCAGUGAAUAUGGAAUAUUAUGGACUUGGUGUGUAGGAAUUUGUUCUGAUAGUGCAGCAGCUAUUACAGGAAGAGCUUCGGGGGUGAUAGCACAAGCUAAGUCAAGAAACAGCUCCAUUGUUUCAAAUCACUGCAUCUUGCAUAAUCAUGCACUUGCUUCUAAACGGAUGAGCACAGUGUUACAUGAGACUUUGGAGGAUGCUGCAAAAAUAAUAAAUUUCAUCAAAAGCUGGCCAUUGAAUGGAUGUUUAUUCCAGCAAUUAUGCAAGGAUUUGGAUUCUGAGCACAGCACUCUUCUCUUUCAUACAGAAGUACACUGGUUGUCAAGAGGGGAAACAUUAUCGAGAUUAUUCGAGCCAAGAGAUGAAACACACCUGUUCCUGACAAAUGUUUCAUCACCCAUAGCAGAAAAGUUUGAAAAUGUCUUCUGGGUAUCCUGCCUUGCCUAUUUGGCUGACAUAUUUAAAAAACUAAAUGAACUUAAUCAGUUGUUGCAGGGCCACGAUCAUGAUGUGUUUGUUAUGGAAGACAAAGUUUGUGCCUUCCACAAAAAAAUCUCCCUGUGGAUAGGACAAGUAAAAAAAGGAAAUAUUGCAUCAUUUCCCAAUUUGUCAGACUUUAUUGAACUAAAUUCUAUUGUUGACACUGAGGGCAUUGAAACUGCCAUAAAAAUCAUUUGGAAAAAUUGCACACAGAGUUUGUGUUGUAUUUUCCAUUCGUGUCAAGAGGAUGUGAUACUAGAAUUUGCUGGGUUGCAUCACCCUUCAUCAUGGACAAUGUUGUGA